UAUAAAGUAAUCCAAACCAAUCCUUUCCAUUACGCAUCCAAAACCUCAAGGCUGCAGCAAAGCAGCCAUGUCUCUCCCAUUGAACGGCCGCGUAGCCAUCGUGACCGGCGCCACCCGCGGCAUAGGCCGCGCCAUCGCCCUCCACCUCGCAUCUCUCGGCGCCUCCGUCGGCCUCGUCUUCUCAUCCAGCUCCGCCGAAGCCGACCGCCUCGCCGCCGAAAUCAAUUCCUCCUCCUCCUCAUCCGCCACCCCCCGCGCCAUCCCCCUCCGCGCCGACGUGUCCGAUCCGGCCGCUGUCCGAUCCGUAUUCGAUCUGGCCGAACAAGCCUUCAACUCUCCCCCACACAUCGUCGUCCACUCUGCCGGAAUCCUCGACCCCAACUACCACCCCAUCUCCUCUAUUCCGAUCGCUGAUUUCGACUCAAUCAUGUCCGUCAAUGCCCGCGGGGCCUUCAUCGUGCUUCAGGAAGCCGCCAAUCGAGUCGUGCGGGGCGGAGGCGGAAGGAUAGUUGCGCUUUCGACGUCGCUGGUGGCGAUCAAUCGGCCGGGGUAUGGGGCGUACACGGCGUCGAAGGCGGCGGUAGAAGCGAUGGUGAAGAUUUUGGCAAAGGAGCUGAAGGGGACGAAGGUUACGGCGAACUGUGUGGCCCCGGGGCCUGUGGCGACGGAGAUGUUCUUUGCUGGGAAGACGGAGGAGGAAGUGAAGAGGUCGGCGGAGAUGAAUCCGAUGGGGAGGCUUGGUGCGACGGAGGAUAUUGGACCGGUGGUAGGGUUUCUUUGCUCGGAUGUAGGGGAGUGGGUUAAUGGGCAAGUCAUCAGAGUCAACGGUGGAAUGGUCUGAGUAUGCGAAGCGAUGAGGAAGAUGGGGGUGAGUAUAUCUGUCGGUUUAUCACGAUAAGUAGUAUAAUAUAUAUAUUGUUCGGCUUUAUCUUGGAAAAUGCUGGUUAACCCAACUUGUAGAAAAAUAAAAAAUGGUGAUGAAAUCUUUAAUGUUGUGUUUGUUA